AUGGUGGAGUUGGCGGAAUUGGCCUGCGAUUCUUGCCGUAAAAAGAAAAUGAAAUGCUCGAGAGAACUACCGGCGUGUUCCAAGUGUCUCCGAUAUAAUUGGAACUGUCACUACUCACCAAGGCAGACGAGGUCACCGCUAACAAGGGCACAUUUGACAGCCGUCGAAGAUCGACUGUCCCAAGUCGAACGACUACUUUACGAACUAUUUCCGGACUCGAAUUUGGAAGAAGUUCUCCGCGACCCACGACCAUCCAAGCUACAACGUCUUAUUUCUCGCUGCAACAAGAGCGAAACACGAACUGAAGCGGAUCUGUCGGUCGCAAUGUCGUCUCCCCUUUCGCAGCAACCCAUUACCAAGCAGCUGCCGAUUGACCUCAUCACUGGAUUUGAGUGGGAUGAAUCUACCGAGAAGGAUGUCUUUAAGAAUGAUGGCAUGGGGACGUUGAAUCUAGAAAUCGACAAUACAGGCUUUUUUGGAGCGGGCUCUAGGUCUAUAUUGUUGAGAACGCUGUCAAUAGGAGAUGCUAGUAUUGAUACUUCCGGGCGUUUGCUAAGUACAAACGAAACUGUACCUCUUACGUCAGCACAGUUAACAGAGGCAUAUGUGGAGGCCUAUUUCAAAAAAUUUCAUCCGACUUUUCCAAUACUGCAUGAAAACUCCUUUCGCCUAUGUUUUUCAAAUCAAGCGGACCCUCCAUCAAAAGGUGCUUGGCAAAUUCUAUUGAAUAUAGUUUUGGCGCUGGGGUCUUGGUGUGUUAAUGGAGAACUGUCAGAUAUCGAUGUCCACUUUUACAGAAGUGCAAAGUCCUAUGUUAACAGCACGGUGUUGGAAACAGGUUCAUACUUUCUUCUUAUUUCCUUGGCGUUACUUUCUCGAUAUUCCCAGAUACGUAAUAAGCCCAACGCUUGCUGGAACUAUUUGGGCUUGGCACUUAGUAUGGCCCUUUCACUUGGACUGAAUAGGGAGAUCAGUGGCACUGUCAGCAAUGAUCAUGCUUCUGAAAUUAGAAGGAGAAUAUGGUGGGUGCUAUACAUUUAUGACUUCCAUACUUCUUUGUCUUUCGGUCGGCCAUGUCAGGUUCCGACAGAUGCAAAUAUAGAUAUACUAUUUCCUUCAGGUGCUCCUUCGCAUGGCAAUGGGUUUAGUGACGCGGUAGUAUACUCCUUCGUCGCUGAGGAAGCAAAGGUGGUGAAAAUGUCAAAGAAGACAUUCAGAAAAAUAUUUUCAGCUACCAAAGCUAAUUCGCUUAACUUGACCGAGCUUGCAGGUUUUCAAAAGGAACUCAAUGCAUAUAUCAAUACUCUCUCAAGCCCUUUCAAGAUAGAAUUUGAGAAAUGGCAAAAAUUUGCCGAGUCCAGAAACGAUUGGAUGCCCUUACGCAGGUACCAGCUAUACUGGAUGUGUCGAAAUAUGACGAUAUCGGUAUGCCAGCCUCAUUUGAUCAAACUGGUAAAUCAAUCGACCCCUGAUUUGGGUGAACCUGAGCCAGAGACAUGUUUAACCAUGUGCUAUGAGGCAGCAAGAGACAUCAUUGACUCGAUCUCUAACUUUUUCUCACAAUAUGAAAUGACGACAGUCGAUGCAUGGUAUGCGACUUUUUAUAUAACAAGUGCUGCGAUAGUAGCCCUGGUCGGCCUAUGUACAGGGGCGACCGUCAUUGAAGGUACAGCGCUGAAAGGAUCCUUGAUUCGAGCCAGAGUCUGCCUUGAGAAACUUGCACCUAGUAACGCCACAGCGGAAAAGUUUCUGAAAAUUAUAGAUAAUGCCUGCGGCAAAUCAGCUGGCGAAGAAACAGGACACACACCUCUUACCCAGUCAGUGCAAAGCAACCGCGAUAUACCCACUGUCAACUCGUCAAAUAGCCUCACGGAGUUGAUCAGAUCACUCCCCCAACCAACCGCUUUCAAUUCUAAACUGUUAGCCGGUUUGAACAUGCCACAGGAAGGAAGUUCGCUUGCUCUCGAAACUCCUUCGACUGCCCCAAAUUUACCAGAUGUUACCAUGUUCCCUAACUGGAACGACCAAAGUGUCCAGACUUACCUUAACACCAACUCCACAGGGACCUUCAAUACCAGCGCCAAUACUAAUGGAUUCAACACGACAACAAUGGAUGACAUCCUCAAAUACAUUUUCAAUGACGAAGUUCAGUGA